AUGGCUCAAUUCGACGACCUACCCCCAGAGUUGCGCGCAGCAAUAUGGGGAUAUACUCUCCCCGAGGAUGAGAACGCGAUAUACAUAUACAACCCAGAGUGGGCAAAUGAGUUCUUCCCGUCGUCGAGGCCUCGAGGUCCCAAUUCUGACGCCAAUUUCAACCCAUGCCUCCCUGCCCGCAUCCAGGUCCCUAUUCCUGGGGUAUACAAUGUUUGCAGAGACGCCCGUCCCGUUGUUCAUCGCUGGAUGGCCAAGAACAACCUCGAGUGGUAUGAUCGCCAGGAGACGAGUGAAAGGAUUCUUGUCCGACCAUUUGACGUGCAGAGAGAUAUACUCUACGUACCUCAAGAUGAAUGGGAUAUGUUUGAAGGGUUCGUCAAUAGCGAUGAGCUUGACCCUGAGGAGCACCAGAACCUGCGCAACAACAUCAUCAACUUGGCCGUGUCAGCCGAUAGCAUGUCGAGAUUCGACAACGCCGAGCACAUUGCGAGGCUCAUGCUGCGGGCACCCAACCUCAAAAAGAUAUACGUCAUCUUCAACGACCUCCCCGCGUCAAGAAGAUCACAACAUACCUACCAAAUGGUGUGGAAUGGUGGACCGAUAUAUCGGUCCAGCAGCGAUGCGAGAUCGCUUCACAGCCUAAGCCUCACGAAAAGGCUCAUAUUCAUCGGCUGGACAGGCACAAUCAACUAA